ACUGAUUUAUAAGCUAUCUGAUUAUCUGAAUAGAUUAUUAUGAUAAUAGUUAAUUGUUUAAAUCAGUUCGUUCGACUCAGCCAUCAUGGAGGGACUAGUAUUCUUAUUAUUUGGCUUGGCUGUUGUAUCAGCCCUUCCUCACGACCCUAUCAUCAGAAAGCUGGACUCUGGUCUCCGCUUCCAGUACAUGCGAGGACCUGACGGAACUCCUCACUUGGUAGACCUGUGGGGGACAGUGGAAGACCUGGCUAAAGCUGCCAGAUACAAUCCUGACAGGCAGAAUGUUUAUCAUCUGUUUACUAGACAAAACCCCACCGUCAGUCAGCCACUCCUGAUCGGCAGCGAAGGUCUUCUCGGCAUCACCAACUACAGCCCCAACAGAAGAACAGUCGUCCUCGUCCACGGCUGGCUGGACUCUGUCACUUCUGACUUCAACUCUGUGCUGGUUCCUGCGUUCCUGUCAGCUGAGGACGUGAACGUGAUCGUGGUGGACUGGAGCGCGGGCGCAGGCACCAUCAACUACUUCACUGCUCUCGCUAAUACUGUGCCUUCAGGUGAAAGUGUAGCCCGUUUCAUCACAUGGCUGAACCAGGCGACUGGUGCAGUUCCCGCUAUGUACCACUUGGUGGGGCACAGUCUCGGAGGACAUCAGGUUGGAAUCAUUGGCAGAAACGUCGGUGGACAGAUUGCUUAUAUCACUGGUCUCGACCCCGCCUUCCCCGGCUGGAACACAAACAACGACAAGUUCCGUCCAACCGACGGAGUGUACACUGAGGUCAUACAUACCAACGUUGGUCUGUUAGGCUAUAUGGCAACGCUGGCUGAUGCUGACUUCUAUCCUAAUGGGGGAUUGAACAUGCCCGGGUGUUCGACGCAGGAGUGUGAUCAUUUGAGAUCAUUCUACUAUAUGGGAGAGUCCCUCAGAACUGGCGGUUUCACCGGACAGCGUUGCCUGUCCUACCUGACAGCUAUGACAGGCAACUGUCAUCUGUGGGGUACACUGCGGAUGGGAGGACUGGUGCCGAAGACUGGACAAUCCGGUAUUUAUUACUUGGAAACCAACGCUUCCCCACCAUUCUCCAGGGGUUAAGAAAACGAAGAAAUACCUACUCAUUGAAGACCAAAAGAAGAACAUUGUCAUAAAUUAUAUGACAAAUAAUUAAAUUGUUUUGUUAA